CAGGCCCUGCCGGCGCUCGCCGUGGGUCCCCCGGGCCGCUAGGGGGCACUGUCGCGGCCGCGUCCUGGCGCGCGCGGCCUGGACGAGAGGCGCCUCAGCCGCACCGCGCUCGGGGCUCUCAUCCCCUUUCCUCCCCUCUCCUCCUCGCCCGGGGCCGCCCGCCUGCCGCCAUGAAGCUCGUCAGGUUUCUAAUGAAGCUGAGCCAUGAGACUGUGACCAUUGAGCUGAAAAAUGGGACGCAGGUGCAUGGAACGAUCACAGGAGUGGAUGUCAGUAUGAACACACAUCUCAAAGCAGUGAAAAUGACACUGAAGAACAGAGAGCCCGUACAGUUGGAGACACUGAGCAUUCGAGGGAACAACAUCCGCUACUUCAUUCUGCCGGACAGUUUGCCUCUGGAUACUUUGCUAGUGGAUGUUGAACCAAAAGUCAAAUCCAAGAAAAGAGAAGCAGUUGCUGGAAGAGGCCGUGGAAGAGGCCGUGGCAGAGGCCGAGGUCGUGGAAGAGGAAGAGGAGGCCCAAGACGAUAACUUCUCAUCAUACAACCCUUACCAAAUUCUGGGCAAUUUUGGCUAUUUUUUGUACAGGUCUCGUUUAUGGUAUCCAUUUUUAAUAAACUGAAAUGUGAAAGGGUGUCUCUCCUUUGUUGGCAAAGCCUGGGGAAGGAGGCAGAUGUGUCCAGUUUCUAGGGGUGCUUGCAGAUUACACGGAUCUUGGUUGUUGCUGUCUAGAUUUUGCCCACCCCAGGGGGCUGUACAAUUCUUCUUACUUUUUGCCUCAGAAGAAGAGACUUAUGUUGUGCUUUAACAAUGUAUGAAAUUAAUCCCUCUUUUCUAAGGCACUUGCCUUCUUCUAAUGGUUCCAUAGUUAAGACACUGUAUUAAGAACCCCUGUCCCGUGAGUGUCUCUAAUAUUGUGCUUCAGAGUGACCUUUUUUAAACUUCAUAGAUACAAUUUUAAUGUUUUCUAUUACAUGAAGCUUGCAAUUUAAACAUGUUGCUUUCUUUAUAAAACAUUUACACAAGGAUAUUAACCAGGUCCAUGGAACUGCUGGAUUGUUACAUCUGAUGAUUAAAGAAUACCUGGAUAUGAA